CGUUGUCAGGUGGCGCUGUCGCUGUGGAAAGAUGCGAUCAGCGAAGAGCGGAGGCUUUUCCUUAAUUGCUCAUUUCGGUAACAGAGGCUAAACAACCCGAAACCAACCCACUGUGGUCUCUCCUGUUUAAGUGAGAAGCUCCGCACAUCCACCACAGCGUUUACCCAAGAUAUGUCGAGGUUGUAAGCAGACAACGCAGACUUUACCCGGCGGUUUUGGCUCGAGGUAAGCGAGAACUCCAGUAUGUCCAAGCGGCGCUCGUCGGAGAGGGGGGCUGGAGAGACAUCAGGCAGGGCCAGCAAGCUGCAAUGUCCUGGGAUAUCCGGUAAUAACGCCAAGAGAGCUGGGCCCUUCAUCCUUGGGCCUCGCCUGGGCAACUCACCAGUGCCUAGCAUAGUGCAGUGUCUGGCCAGAAAGGACGGCACUGAUGACUUCUAUCAGCUCAAAAUACUGACGCUGGAGGAGCGAGUGGACUCUGCUGGGGAGACUCAGGAGGAGAGGCAGGGGAAGAUGCUGCUGCACACAGAAUAUUCCCUUCUUUCUCUGCUGCACAACCAGGAUGGGGUGGUUCACCAUCACGGCCUCUUCCAGGACCGAGCCUAUGAAAUAGUAGAGGACAUGGAGGCCAACAAAGUGCGCAAGAUGAAGAAGCGGAUCUGCCUCGUGCUGGACUGCCUGUGUGCUCACGACUUCAGCGACAAGACCGCAGAUUUAAUAAACCUCCAGCAUUACGUCAUAAAGGAGAAGCGAUUAAGCGAGCGCGAGGCAAUCGUCAUCUUCUAUGAUGUGGUGCGUGUGGUGGAGGCCCUUCAUAAGAAAAACAUUGUGCACAGAGACCUCAAGCUGGGAAACAUGGUGCUGAACAAACGGACUCACCGAAUCACCAUCACCAACUUCUGCCUGGGAAAGCACCUGGUGAGCGAGGACGACCUGCUGAAAGACCAGAGAGGAAGUCCGGCCUACAUCAGCCCUGACGUAUUAAGUGGUCGGCCGUACCGUGGUAAACCCAGCGACAUGUGGGCUCUUGGCGUGGUCCUGUUCACCAUGCUGUAUGGCCAGUUCCCCUUUUAUGACAGCAUACCUCAAGAGCUCUUCCGUAAGAUCAAGGCUGCAGAGUACUCCAUCCCAGAGGACGGUCGUGUGUCUGAGAACACGGUGUGCCUGAUCCGAAAGCUGCUGGUGUUGGACCCUCAGCAGAGGCUUACUGCAGGAGAGGUGCUGGAGUCACUCAGUGUCAUCAUUGCCUCAUGGCAGUCUGUUUCAUCGUUGAGUGGCCCCCUGCAGGUGGUGCCGGAUAUUGACGAUCAGGUCAAUCACCCAGAACAUCUGCAAGAGGCCAAGGUGAUAGAAGAGUCUUCACAGUACGAGUUUGAGAACUACAUGCGCCAGCAGCUGCUGUUGGCUGAAGAGAAGAACACUAUCCAUGAGGCCAAGAGCUUUCUCACCAAACGCCAGUUUGGCAGUAUCCCACCUGUAAGGCGUCUGGGCCACGAUGCCCAGCCUGUCAGCCCGCUAGAUGCUGCCAUCCUGGCACAACGUUUCCUCCGGAAGUAGUCCCCAACCCACCCAUCUCAGCCUCUCUGACCUCCCCAGGGAGUACAGAGUCCUGUGAAGUCCAGAGAGGACUGAGGAGGGUCAGCCCAAAAACUAAACUUGCAUACAGGAGGCCCAGCCCGAACCAGGGUACAGAUGGCCCCAUUUGUAGGUGGGCUUUAGGCAACCUAGUUGGAGCCAGCAUGAGGAGGGCACCAGAACAAACUGCCAAUUUAGAACUUCACUCCUCAUGUCUCGUCCCUCCAGUGAAACAUGGUAAGCCCUGGAGGAAGAUCUGAACCAAAGGUUCCUUCCCCUCAGGUCACCCACAGUCAGAUCUCACUGUGCAACCAACCUGAUGGCACAGUCACAUAUGGGGCUAACACAAGGCUAUGCCUGGAGUGUUGAAGAGACGAUUAACCCCAUAUUCCUCCUCCUCCUUUGAGAUCUCCCUACUGUAACACUUUCCCCAUCAACUCUGGAUCCCCUGAGCAAUACAGGACCAGAAUCAUGUAGCAACCCCUUCUCUUCCUAGUGGUUAAUGGUAUUGCCUCAAGUCAGAUCAACUGAUCAUAGAUGUCACUUCUCUAUACCUCCAUUCCACCCUCGUCCUCUCACUCCUUCUUCCUUUCUACUGUUUUCCUGUAUCGAAAAUGAUCCAGACUCGUCCUGUCUGUAACUCUGACUUCAAAUCAAUCUACCUCUCUGUCUCUUUUCUCUGUUGGUAAACCAUGCUCACUGUUCUGAGACAAGGGAUUGUAACAAUGGAGUCUUGAUGCCACCAGUGACAUAAAGCAUUAAUGUUUUCUGUCAGUGAUAAUGCUUUGAAACCUUUUCAGGGGUUUCGAAAAAUCUGAAUAAGCUUUUUAUCUUUAUUUACCUUAAUAAGUAGCAUUUUAUCCCUACCUUUAAAUUGAAGAUACUGAAUAUCAAAGUAUGUGAACAUGCAUCCUUUGAUAUUUGCAGAAUGCAUUGUCUCCUGCUUUUGCUCAUCCCUGUGCAAAUCUAUUUUUAGCAUCUAGGCAGCUAGUGUGAGGUACCUGGAAGUCACAAUGCCAAGAACUGAAUGGGAAAAACUGUUGGAUCCUCCCUGCCAAGGCAUAUUGAUGGUAACGCUUCCUCAGUGCCAUUAUAGUGAAGAUCAGGCACUGUCAUGUUUCUAUUGCCAAAAAUCAUGUCUUAAAAUUACUCUUAGCCAAGGAAACUGGUACCCACAGCCUCAUUCAGAAUCAAAUGGCUUCCAGGUAUUCCAACUUCCCUGUUUCUCUUUACCAAGACAGAUCAUGGGACAAGUUUUUUUUUUUUUUUUCAGUAUGAAUGUGAACUGUCAUUCUACGCUUUGAUACGUCUGCAGGAUCCAUGAGUGUGUACGUGUGUGUUUCGGGCCAGGCAAAGUAAGGGUCUGCAGAGCUGUCGAGCUGUUAACCUCUGACAGUCACAGACCCUUUAAGCUAUCCUCCAAUCAUUGUGUUCUAUUAUCUGGCCUGCCUCAGUGGCAGACACUGUGAAAACCAGAGCAGGCUUUGCUAAGACAGGGCUUGACUGAAUGUUUUAGCGAUUGCCAUGAAUGCUUGCUUAAGAUUGGGAAAGAUCACAUAUCUAUUGCCAUUCUCAAGCCCUCUCUCUAGCUCAACUUGUACAUGCUUGUAUUAUCUCACCAUGUCGGCUCUCGAUACAGAGAGGCCAGUUGGUGGCUGGUAAUCGAUACUGUUGUAUUUCAUAGAGAAAUGAAAAUACAGACUCAUAGGUUUUAAGUUUAGUUGCUGGGUCUUCUUGGCUAUUGAUGCUUUCUUCUCUUUUAUCAAAGGGUUUCUUCAAAACCAUGGCAAAGCUACUAACCAGUGACUGUUAGGCAUCUGUACACUGCAACUUGCCUUUGCGUAUUGGUACCUGCUUUAGGCUAUCUAGACUUCUUCCUAUUUAUAUUCAGACUGAUUGCAUGAACAUAGGCUCUGGAAUAUUUUAAAAUUACUUUACAUCUUCUUUUUCUUUGUAAUUUCAUGUUGAUUUAUUUAUUCAUUUGUGUAGCCCCCCCCGAAACCCCCAAACCACAGGGGCUUGUAUCACAGACGUUGAUGGUUGUCUGUCAAAUGUCCUUUUUUUUUUUUUUUAAAUGAAAUAUCUUCUAAGACUAAGCACAACUUAUGCCAGUGAAACAGGCCCCAAAUCGCGCUCUCAGCUUUAAGAAGUGUUAAUUCGAACUGUGGUUCUCGUUUUGAUCUUUUUUUUAGCCACAUUCAUGAAAGAGUAGCAUCUGUUUUUGUGUUUUCCAUCUUGGAUUCCUAAAUAAUUUUCUUGCCAUUUUGCCACAAACUCUGUGGUCAACUUAAGCUACACUAAUAACAAGACUGACUUUUGCAUAGUUCUAUUUUUUACAGAAAACAAAAUGAUACAUUAUCUUGAUUUAAAGGAGGGUUUUUGUUGUGUGUGUUAUUUUUAUUUUUUUGUUCUAUCAUUAACCCCCCAAAAAUCCCCACACAAGGCUGCACUCUCUGGUCAGUAUGUAAAUAUGUACCACCAUGACUGCGCUAGUCAUAUUGUAUGUAGUUUCACCCAGUGAGAUACCAACUCUGUUUCAACACAUGUCGAUUGACGUGCAUUAUGGGCCACGUUGGCCAUCAACCACCACAUCCAGAGGCUAAAAUAAUAUGUAAAGAGAGCUGUCAGCUUUCUCCCACCUCAAUGUGAAUUCCAUGGGUAUGCAGCAGUAUUGUAGUAGUCUAGAUUGAUUCAUCAGAAAAGGGUGUUUCAUGAACACCGUAGCCAUUACUAAAUACUGACAUUAAGUGAUCGUCUGUGGAAAGUGUUUUAAGUCAUCUUCCAUGGCGCCCCAACUACGGAUUAGUAAUUACAGGUUCAGUAGACCCUUGAUGUAGAUGUUAUUUUCCCCCCCUUAUCAAAGAAGUGUUUCACUUUCUAGCUAGUGGAUUGUACCACAUUCAAUGUUUGUUUUACAGAGUUGUAUUGACUUGGACUGAAAAGCAUGGAAAUAGUGUGAGGUUAAACUCUGUGUAAAACAUGUGACUGUUGCAUGAUUUUAAACUCGCAAGGUGUGCCAACCGAUAGACGAUUUGAAGAUAAUUUACUCCUUUGGGUCUUACAGGAAACUACUAAGCUAAGUUGAUAUACCCAUUAAUUGGAUGACUAGUAAAAAUGUUAUUGUUAAUUUUCAAAAGUUCAGUUUUUAUGAUGAUUUUCACCCUGCUUCUAAAGUCCUAAGUCUUCAGUAUAUAACCUAUAUAUUGCUGACUGUUUCAACUGGAAACUUGGUGUAGGAUAUGAAACGUGGUGAAGUUUAAACCCAAUGGGAUAAUGUGUUGUAAGCUGCUUGGUUGGACAUGGGCAUCUAGAUACAGAAAACUGCGUAAUUGUACAGAUGAAAAACACGUUUGUAUAAAAAACAUAUUUUUCUACUUCAUCAGAUCUCUACAUGCAUGUCAGCAAUAAACUUUGAUAUGGAAACAUUCAA